CCUCUCGUGUUCCUCCUACAAUAAGUCGUCGGGGGCCGUCUCCUCCUUGGUCGUCGCGUCGACCUCGGCUCGUCUUGUUAUAGCCGGGAGAGGCUAAGGGGAAGAGGUGGCAGUUAGCUGACCGGCCGGCGGUAGAUCAGCCAUGAGCGACGGUCAUGGAGAUGUUCCUGGAGGCUACUUCGUUGGCCGUCCAACCAACCACGCGGCAGUGCCGGAAUCACAGGCCGCCGGUGAGCAGAAGCCGGCGACCACGCAAACUCCUAACGGUUACUUCGUCGGCCGUCCGGAGAGCCAUCACGAGCAGCAACAAGUACCGCAGCAAACCACUAAUCCGAGCAGAUCAAGCUUCUUGGCCAAAUGCUGUCCAUGCCUCGCCGGCGGUGGAGCUGCGGAUUAGAUGGACGACUCCCGGAGCACACCCGAGGAACUUAUGAACGGCAACAUUCCAGUAAAUUUGCGCGGAGGCGGCUCUAUGCCUCUAUCUCUAUAUGAAUUGCAACUUUCGUCCUUUGGAAGCUGCCCCUAUUUCUUAUUUUUAUUGUUCCACAUUUGACAAUUGAUACGUCCUUGUGCAUCCGUACCGCUACCAGGAAAUGCAAAUUUCAUCAAAAGUUGUCCAUUCCAUCCAGUCGCUGCCUUUUCCUUUUUCCCAAAGGAUACUUGUUUUGUCUAAAACAAUGUCAAUUAUGUAUUGUUUAUUUUGCUUGCUGAGGUUGUAAACAUUUAUUAAUUGUGAGUUGUCUUUCCAUGUACAAAUAUGUCAAUCCAACCUUUUGAAGUUCUUCCUGGUAA